CAGAAAGAGUGAAAAAGACUAUAGGUGAGCUAUUUUUAGGUUAACCUACAUAACAGGGUACAAGGUUUACGUCCCACUAGGAAUACUCUCCUUCAUGGAGGUGACGUAAACAACAUUUUUUAGCUGAGUAAUUCCUUUAAAGUUUAAGCUUAAGAAGUGAAUAUUUAGUGGAUAUUACAUACCAGCCAUGGCACCGAACUGCUGCUUCACUUGACGGACACGAUCACCGGAGGGGAAGCUGAUAUACUGGUCUGCAAGAGCAGAAAGCACCUGUCCAACCUGGCGGCAAACUCUGCUAACUGUGGGCUGGCUCAGGUUGACAGUGUCACCGACAGUCAACUGGAAAGCUCCUGUGGCCAAAAAUCGCAGAUAGCUUAAAACGCACAACACCAAAGACGAGCAUCGCUGUAUUAACUUCAGGGGACGAUAACCAUAGGUGGCCGUAUCGACAAGAAAUAGUGAUAGGAACAACUUAUCAGUACAUGUGAGAAGACUGAAAAUGAUGCAGGAAGUGACGGAUACGAGCGGAAAAAAGAACCAUUGGCGAAAAUACUGCAUGUUAAUAAUAUUGGUAACCAUAUGUUUUAUAUACCUUUUUCAAGAAAAUAUGUUUACACUGAAUGGUACAAUAAACCAACAAGGAAAUAACACAAUGAGCAAGCCAAGAAAUUACUCUACCUAUGCCUAUGGCGAUGAUUGUUUUGAAAUAUUCUGGGCAAAGUAUGCUAACCACCAGAUAAGGAAAAACAGUGGACAAGAAGAUAGUAGAGUAUUGCAUGAUAUGAUUGAUGCAAAUCGAAACAUUACUCGUAAGAAUAGAACUUGCAAUACAUAUCUUACGUUAAAUGAUCCGCAGGGAGGCGCUGGGAACCUCUUGUUUAAAAUCGCAGCUUUAAUUGGAGUGGCCAAGAGACAUGGAUUUUUACCUCGGACGACGUUUAAUAACCAUAGAAUAUUCAAGUGGUUUGAAUUGCCACACAUAUAUUAUAGGUUCCCGGCAACAAAUUCCAUUCUGGUUAAGGAAGAAAGGCAUGAGUACCAAACGGUGGUUGAAACGUUGGACACAUCUCGCAAUUGGACGUUAGGUGGAUUUCGCCAGAGUUGGAGAUAUUUUGCUAAUGCGACAAAUGAAGUGCGGCAGAUGUUUACUCUAAAGGCCGAAUAUACGGAUAAAGCUAAAGGAUUCCUUAGAAACAUAUCGUCACCAGAUGCUGUGAACGUUUGCGUACAUGUUAGAAGAGGAGACAUGCUUCAGAAGGUGACAAUAAAACGUGGGAAUACCCCCUCGGAUCCGGCGUAUCUCAAAAGGUCAAUGGACUACUUCAGAAAUCGGUUUAACAACAGAAGGGUCAACUUUGUGAUAAUUAGUGACGACAUGAAAUGGUGCAAAAACAAUACAUCAGGACCAGACGUGUUCUUCUCCCCAUUUCAAACCGAUGUCUUGGACUUUGCACUUAUGGUGUGUUGUGAUCACGUGAUUGUUACAAUCGGGUCAUUUGGUUGGUGGGGCGCUUGGCUCUCCGGUGGAAUAACAGUGUAUUUCUCCGCGUGGCCAACCAAAGGUUCUUCCCUUGAUAGAGAUUUGAACAAAACGGACUAUUUUCCAGACAACUGGAUUAGUAUGUAAUGUCAUUACUUUUAAAAUCUUCAUGUGAAAGAGUAUACAAUUAUACGGACAUAACGAUAUUCUGUUAUGAAACAUUAACAUUGAAUAUUUUUGUUAUUUUCUUUUGUAAUUUGAGUAUUGUUCUGUUCCUGAUGAUUUAUUGUACUAUAGUAAGUUGCAAAUGCCUUUGAAAAUAAACCCACAGUUUAAACCCACGGUCAAAAUGACCUUUUUCUGGAGCUAAAGGUAUUCGACUCACAUAUAUGUGAAUUUUAGAUACCUGCUGACACCAUACUAUUAAGGUAUCAUUGACCAGGUUAAUUUAGGCUUUCAGAGAACAAGCGUAUGUUUGGGUCGGAUGCCUUAAGGGGAUGUCUGAUGAAAAACUAGUCCGUUCAAAACUUAAAGUUCAAUAUUUUAUUACAUAAGGCAUAAACAUUUGGAGGUGUUUUGAGGAAAAAAGUUAAGUUGAAAAGAACUUGCUAUAGGGAUUGUUUCAGAUGCACUCCAACCAACAAUGAUAAGAGGCUUUGUGGUAUUUGCUUGUAAUUUUAGGAAAGAUGUUUGCAUUGUGUAACCAGGAAGUGUUCAAAUUUAAGUAGCUAUGUACCACUCGAUUUUGAUUAGAUUUCAUAUGCUUUAGUUUGUCUUUUUAUGUUAUUGUAUUUCUUUUUAUUAUUAUUCAAACGCGUUCAGAUUGGUCUACAUAGACUGAUCUUCCGUUUUGAUAUUACCUUAAUGUCAAUGCUUUCUCAAAUUGUAAUUUGUAAAAUUUGGUUUUGACUAAAAUUUACAAAACACACACUGUUAUUCUACAUAACCAGAUAAUUAUAUUUGUUUUAUUGACUGUUUGUCUACGUGCAUUGUUGGAGUUUGUGUUUAAAGAAAUAGAUAAAACAAACCAACCAAUGUUAUUUAAAUAACAUAACAUGUAUAUCGUAUUUCUGUUAACACACUCUACUCUGUUAUCACCCUGUAAUCAACGACCUUACAUUUAACAGGCAGUGUUAUUUUAAGCUAUAUUUUUCAUUUGUGAUACACUCAGAAAAGGUCAUUUUAGCUUAUCUGUUUUAUUUAAUAAAUCCUUGGUGCAGACCCCAGCAGCUAGUAGAGGGCAAAAAAACCCAUCCCUUUACAUCCUUACAUAAUAAACGCAACACUCAUG